GUUUGGUCUUGACGGUGAAAGAGGAAGGAACUGCUGCUCGUCUCUGUGCGGGUCCCAGCGCACCUGUUUUGACGAACGCUCAUAAUCUGAUUAGUACAUCAUAGUAGUGGAUUUUAAUUAAACAGGCAUGGCGUGGGUGACGUGGGCGACGGUGGUCGCUGCCCUCGCCGGUAUGGCAGCAAGCACAGGGACCUACAGCGUGGUGGCGCCGCGGAUUCUGCGGCCGAACAGGGACUACCAUGUGGUGGUGUCCACGCACGGCACCGCCAAGGCAGUCAAAGUCAACGUGGAGGUCGGAGGUCAGCAGGACUCGGGCGGGGUCAUCCUCAAUCGCCAGCUAGCUGACCUUCAGCCGGACUCCACGCAAGUCCUCAAUUUCCAGAUCGGUGACCUUGGACCGGGUCAGUACAACCUAACAGUGAGCGGGUAUGAGGGUCUGACCUUUAGCAACACCACCGCUCUCCAGUACGUCCACAAGUCCUACUCUGUCUUUAUCCAGACCGAUAAGUCAAUCUACAAGCCGGGGGAUCUGCUGCAGUUCCGUGUGAUCGUGGUCAACCCGCAGCUCCGGCCGUCCGUGACCGGCGCCAUCGAUGUGUUCAUUACGGACGGCAAGGGGCACCGCGUGAAGCAGUGGAAGCGCGUCUUCACCAACAAGGGCGUGUGGUCCGGCGAACUCCUGCUGGCGGAGGAGCCGGUGUUGGGCCGCUGGAACAUCACCGUCGACGUCCUCGGGCAGACGACCUCGCGCUUCUUCGAGGUCGCCUACUACGUCCUGCCCAAGUUCGAGGUGGUGGUCGACCUGCCCGCGUACGCGACGUUCGACCAGAAGGAGUUCACGGCGACGGUCAAUGCGAAAUACACUUACGGUCGGCCUGUGAAGGGAGAGGUGACGCUGCAGGUGACGCCCACCUACAAGUACGGCUACCUGCAGGCGCCCUACGAUGACCCGAUCCGAGUGGUCAAGCAGAUCAAGGGGAAGACGGACAUCACCAUCAACCUCGAAGGAGACGCCAGACUGAAGGGCGACUACGCGCGCGAGCUGGAGGUGACGGCGUACGUGCAGGAGGAGCUGACGGGGCGCGUGCAGAACUCCACCGCGCACGUGACUGUGUACCGCUACCCGUACCGCAUGUCACUCGUCCGUACCUCGGAUAGCUUCAAGGCCGGCCUUAAGUACACCGCCUAUCUGAAGAUGUCGUACCAGGACGACACGCCCGUCACGUCCGGCGAGGUGACGGUGCGACACACCUUUACGCGCGACGCCGAGGGCUUCAUCGAGACGACGCACGAGAUCCCAGCCUCUGGCAUCGUCACUCUGAACUUCCAGCCGCCCCUGGACAACGACGUGGUGAGCCUGGCCCUGGAGGCGCGCUUCCAGGAGCUCACGCAGUGGCUCGGCGAGAUCACCAGGGCGCAGAGUCCUACCGACGCCUUCCUGCAGGUCACCCUCCUCACGCAGUCGCCCAAGGUCGGCGAGGAGGUGCACGUGGGCCUGAACGCCACGCAGCCCCUCAUCUACUUCGUGUACCAGGUGCUGGGGCGCGGGGACGUGCUCUUCGCCCAGACGCUGCAGGCGCACCAGGGGACCACGCACAACUUCAGGUUCGUCGCCACCGCUGCCAUGGCCCCGCGCGCUCGCCUCGUCGUCUACUACGUGCAGGAGGACGGCGAGCUCGUGGCCGAUUCCCUGCACUUCACUGUCUCCGGAGCCAUCCAGAAUCACGUGUCCGUGAGUGUGUCUCCGAAGACCGUGGACGCGGGCGGCGACGUGGCCAUCACCGUCACCACGAAACCCAACGCCUUCGUGGGCGUCCUGGCGGUGGACCAGCGCUCGCUGAUCCUCGGAAACGAGAACCAUCUGACGCAGGACGACGUGAUACAAGAGCUGGAGGACUACGACCUUGGCCGCGAGAACCUGGAGGUGUGGCACUCCCUGCACCGCCAGAAGCGGGCGCUGUUCAACUGGCACGGCACCACCACCGCCAGAGACGUCUUCCAGAACGCGGGUGUGGUCGUGCUAACCAACGGAAUUGUUUAUGACUUCAAUCCAUUCCUGACAGGGAAGUUGCCGCCAGGGGAGGGCCCCGUCGACGGCUCUGCGUGGGACCCCCACCGGCGACCUGCAGCUAUUAACGGUUCCUUCGGGAGGGAGUUUGCACCUGUGGGAGCGACCACCCUGCGCCCCGACCUGGGCCCUGGCCUUGCCUAUAACGCCCCGACCAGACCGCCCUUGGCUGGUCCCUAUGCCUUCUCCUUCUUGCCGCCUCCCCCGGACAGCCGCCCGAGGCUCUACCUCCACCAGGCCGUUCCUCCCACGUGGCUCUUCCGAGACGCGGAGACAAAGUUCAACGGCGUCGUGACCCUCCGGGAGAAGGCCCCGGACGCCAUGACCUCCUACAUGGUGUCCGCCUUCGCCGUCGACGAUUUCUUCGGCCUCGGGGUGUCCCAGAGGUCAGCCAAGCUGCGCGUCUUCCGGCCGUUCUUCACGUCGCUACACCUCCCGGAGGCCGGCGUGGUGCGCGGCGAAGCCGUGGCGGUGGAGAUGGUUGUCUUCAACUACGGAGAAAGUGACAUCAUCGCCGACGUCAUGCUCGACAACCCUGGCGACUUCCUCUUCGCGGACUUCGCCAACGAGAUCGACCAAGGAUCUCCGUCCAAGAGCAAGAGCAAGCAGGUGAAGGUUACUUCGGGCAGCGGCGCCCCCGUCAGCUUCAUGGUCGUCCCGCACACUCUGGGCAAUAUCCCCAUCAAGGUCACGUCCACGACAGACGGCGCUGUGGACGUGGUCGUUAAACAGCUGCUGGUGAAGCCCGAGGGAUCGCGCAUUACGGUGAACAAGGCCAUCCUGCUGGACCUGAGGUCGCAGUCCUCCGUCAGCACCAGCAUCAACAUCACUCAUCCGCCCAACAUCGUCAAUGACUCCAAGGCCAUCCAAGUCUCCGUCAUCGGUGACAUCCUUGGGGCGGCCUUGUCAGACCUGCAUAACCUGCUGGAGCUCCCGACGGGCUGCGGCGAGCAGAACAUGGCCAAGCUCGUCCCUAACAUCGUGCUCAUGGAGUACCUCAAGAACAAGAACCAGCUGAGCGAGGACUUGCAGGGCCAAGCGCGACGGCAUCUGGAGACCGGAUAUCAGCACCAGUUGUCCUUCAGGCACGACGAUGGCUCCUUCAGCGCCUUCGGAAUGCGAGACGAGUCGGGCAGCACGUGGCUGACCGCCUUCGUGGCCAAGUCCCUCGCCGAGGCCUCGAGGCACAUCGAUAUUGAGGAGGAGGUGGUGCAGCAGGCCGUGGAGUGGCUGACGCAGUUGCAGCAGGUGGACGGCAGCUUCAAGGAGGUCGGCACCGUUAACAACGAGGCCAUGCAGGGCGGGUCCGGCAAAGGCGUCUCGCUGACGGCCUAUGUGCUUAUCGCCCUCCUGACAGUCGAGAACCCUCCGUCGCCAAAGGUGCGAAAUGUGGUGAACAGAGCCGUAGACUUCCUGGCAAGCAACAUAGGCGACAUAGAGGACGUGUACAGCCUGGCCAUCAGCACCUACGCCCUCCACAUGGCCGACCACCCUCAGCGAGACACCGUCUUCUACAAGCUAGAGGGCAAAGCCGAAGUCAAAGACGAGCAGAAGUGGUGGGUGUGGCAGCCCCUGGAGGUGAACCUGGAAACCACAGUGGAGUCGCGGCCUCUCGACGUGGAGACCACCAGCUACGGCCUCCUCACCUACGUGCUCAGGGGCCUCACGCGCGACGCUCUCCCCAUCAUGAGGUGGCUGACGAGGCAGAGGAACCAGUACGGAGGAUUCCAGUCCACGCAGGACACCGUGGUGGGCAUGGCAGCGCUGGCCGCCCUCGCCGAGCGCCUCACGACCACUGACCCGCAGGUGAACGUCAGGCUCAUCUACGGCGCUCGGGGCAAGAACGUGCAGGUCACGAGGGAUAACACUAUGUUGCUUCAGCGUGUGGAGCUGCCAGUGGACACCGACAAAGUGGAGAUAACGGCCUCGGGGUCGGGCGUCGCCGUGCUGCAGGUCACGUACCACUACAACGUCAGGGUCACCGGCCCGAAGCCGGCCUUCUCGCUCGACCCGCAGCUCGACACUACGACCGACACGAACCGCCUGCGCCUCACCGCCUGCACGGGAUACACCGGAGGAAACAACAGCAACAUGGCGGUGAUGGACGUCUCGCUUCCCUCGGGUUAUAUCGUCGACAACGAUCUUAUUCCCGGUCUGUAUGACUACACGGGCGUGAAACUUGUGGAGAAGAAAAGCGACGACUCAGGCGUGCUGGUGUACUUCGACUACCUGACGGCCCAGGAGGUGUGCCCGACGGUCUCCGCCUACAGGAUCAACAAAGUCGCCUUCCAGCAGCCCACGCCCGUCCAGGUCUACGACUACUAUGACACAUCCCGGCGCGCGAGGAGGUUCUACAAGGCUCUCCCCGCCACGCUGUGCGACAUCUGCGACCUGGACGAGUGCGACCAAGACCAGUGCCAAGACCAGAUCAUCGAACUCAACAGGCAGCUGCAGGACCCAGAGGACCUGGAGCAGCCGGCCAUCGUGGAACAGAUCUCCUCCGCCCCGCAGGCGUCCUCGCCCUUCGCCCUGUGCCUCGUCCCCGCCUUCACCCUGGCCUGGUUCUCGCGCUUCCUCGCUCCCUGAGCCUCGUCCUUCCCGCAUCCUGGCGGCUCCUGGGUGACCUGAUCGCCGUCCAAGUCACUCUAUGUAUUCGUCUUUAUUACACGAUUUUUUUUUCUCCCUUUUCUUUCUUGUUUUUGAGGUUGACUUAAGGAAGGUCACUCACCCAGCGGAGGUCAGAGGUCGUCAUUCACUCGCAGUGACCCUUUGUAUCUUAGGGAUAAUAACUUGGAUGGGAGGUCACCGUGUAAGCGUGUAUAUAUGUGAUUUGUAAAUAGCAAUAGGAUAAGCUAAAGGGUUAUAUUCUGGAAGAAGCUGACGUGGACUCGUAACUACCUGGUAAUUGUUCGUUCUUAAGAAAACGCUUUUUUCUGUUACUAAGGUCGUUUCGUUCGGGCAAACUGUGCUUGAACAUGUUGUGUGCGUGUGUGUGUGCAUGAGUGUUUUCGAGCAUUUGGCGUUUGAAUUCUUUGUCUAAUCUGAAUGAGAGUGUAUUUGCAAGUACUAUACGUACGUAACAAAUAACGAUCUAUUAAAUAUAUAUAUAUAUAUAUAUAUAUAUAUAUAUACACACAUAAACAUAUAUAUAUACACUCAUAUAAUAAUAUACACAAGAUAUACUAUCCCGGCUGAGACAUUAUCUAUAUGCAUUCGUUGACUUGAAUUAUAAAGAUUAUCUGGUACUAACGUCCCACAAGCAAAUAACCAAAGAAAUCUUGCAAAACUUCCGUCCAGCAUAAAUUCCCACUGAGACAGACAGCACACGCUCCUAAGAAAACGGCACUAAUGCUGAACGUUCGAAGAAACGCUGUUGCUCCGCCCGGACGAGCCCCGUGGCCAAGGCCGGGCGUCAUGGCCCAGGCUGCCCCGCGGCGAGUGACGGCGAGGCAACUGACGCUUGUAGAGGUCGGGGUUUAGGAGGGUACUUGGGCUGGGGCGGUCGGGCUGCUGGCGUCCGUCUGCGCCGCCUCUCGACACGGGGAUGCUGCAUCUAACUGCUGAAUCGCUGACGCUUCACCGGUCUCAUGUUGAUUCCAUGUUGAUUGUUGUACUUGUAAUAAAUUGUACUUUUAA